AUGUCAUCCGGUUUGAGGCGACUGUUCGCAACAAUAUUGGUAUAUUGUAAUCCAACCAAUCCAAGAGACCUUUGGGAACAUUUUGAGGAAGAUAUGUCAAUUGAUUUCAAAUCUUCAGAAGAUUCUACAUUAACUGCAAGAUAUCAUGUAUUAAGGUCAAUCUCUUCUACAAUUGAAUCAAUGGGGAAAAACAUUAACUCUUACCAUGUUCUUGAUGAAGACAUUUCUUUCGAUAAAAAUGAACAAUCUAGAGAAAUUGAUGAUGAGUUGGGUGUUGAAAUUCUAGAAGAAGAUAUUACAUCUUCAAGAUCACUUAAUAGCGAGCAACAACAAGUGUAUAAUGUAGUGUUGGAAAAAGUUUUAUCAAACCAAAAUGUUGCAUUUUUUGUAGAUGGCCCAGGUGGGACAGGGAAAACAUUCCUAUACAGGGCACUUCUGGCAACAUUACGAUCAAGAAACUUGGUAGCACUUGCAACUGCUUCAUCAGGUGUGGUUGCAUCUAUACUUCCAGGAGGUCGAACAGCUCACUCACGCUUUAGGCUUCCACUUGAUACUGACAAAAAAAAUACAUGUUGUGUGAGAAAACAAAGUGCACUUGCAAUCCUUCUUCGUGUAGCAAAAUUAAUAAUAUGGGAUGAGGCACCAAUGACAAGAAAACAAUACAUAGAGGCAUUAGACAAAAUGUUACGAGACAUCAAUGAUUCUGACGUAGCCUUCGGUGGAAAGGUUGUUGUUUUCGGGGGAGAUUUUCGAUAA